CAGAGUUUAGGAAGUGUGUUUGAUAAGUAUCCUCCUGCACUGAUGGACUUUGCAGCUCUGAGUUUUACAGCUUUCAGUAUUUUUGGCAUUUUUGGAAAUGUUGUAUCCAUUUUGGCCCUCUCCAGAAGUAAGAGAUUGAGAAAUGCCACCACAGCAUUUAUCAUCAACCUGUGUGCUGCUGAUUUGCUGCUUUGUAUGUUUUCCAUGCCGAUGUCUGCUCUUUCGUUUUUCGAAAGAAGAUGGAACUAUGGGGAAUCCUUGUGCAUUUUAUUCCCGCUUCUUCGAUAUUCUAAUGGUGCUGUUUCAUUAGAAAGCAUCAUAGCCAUUGCUGUGAACAGAUACGUGCUAGUAGUGUAUCCUAACUUGUACCAGAAGAUAUACACUGCAACGAAGGUGUUCUUAAUGAUUGCUGCCAUAUGGGUUUUGACAUUAAUAACCUUACUUUUUCCUCUUUUACAACUAUGGGGAAUGUUUGGCUAUGACCCCAGAGUAGGAACCUGUACUAUUCUUCCACUUAAUGGAAAAUCACCUAAAACAUUCUAUUACAUUUUAGGCUUCGUGUUGCCAUCAGUUAUUUUUGUAUUCUGCUAUUCAAAAAUAUACUGCGUUGUCCAUCGGGCCUCUGAGGCAUUGCGAAAAAAUUCUCUCCCCAUGAAAGAAAUGAAUACUGUUUCAUUUUCCAAGACAACUUGUUGCUUCAAUAAGCGUUACAGGCAUGCAGAAGAAUCAGGAGAAAAAAGAGAACGAAAAGAUCUGAGGAUACUAAAAGUGCUGAUUGUGCUAUUUCUAUCUUUUGUAUUCACAUUUUUACCCGUGUCAUUGGUUAAAAUCUUCAAAAAGGAAGAUGAUUUUCCUAUCUUGAACAUUUUUGGGUACUUGGGAAUUUAUUUAUCCAGUAUUAUAAAUCCUGUAAUUUACAUUGUCAUGAGCAGAGAGUAUAGAAGAGCAUACUCAGAAUUGUUUGCGGGAGAGCAAGCGUCGAAUUCUAGUAUUUCAUCAAGAAGGCCGAACACGACAUGAAAUAUCUUUAAUUGAAUUCCGAUUUGAAAAAAAGAUUUUCGCCGAUUUGCGAAAUAAAGUAAGAAUCUCUUUUUAAAAUUAGUUUACAGUUUUUUUUCUGAACUGUAUGAAAUUGCAAAUUUAAUCUGGAAAUUUUGAUGAACUGCAUCUGUUCUGCUACUCUGUAAACUUAAAUUUUGAAACUUCGUAAUUUUAAGUGUUUUAUUCAAAUUCUCGACGAGCUGUAGUUUUGUUUUAAUCUCUCAGUCGACUAACACUGGAACCCUCCAUUGAAUUAUUGUUUUGGUUUCGAUGUCCAACGACGUAUAUUACAAAAAAUUUAAAAAGAAAAAAAAUCCAUUUCAACAUAUUUUUUUAUUCUCCUGCAUAGUAUUGUAAUAAUUAUACGCGACGUCUUAAGAAAUACUAGCCAGUGCUCAAAUUAAGUAGCUGUUUUACAUGUCACAAGAGUUGUCAGCAAAGCUUUUGAACUAUCUUGACUCAAUGAAAUAAAGAAGCUACGCUGUUUAAUGUUUUGAAACUCAGUUUUAAUGUUAUUUAUCAAUAUUGUUUUUGAAUUGAAGUUUAAAAAAAUGCAUCCGGAAAAAGUUCAUAUUACAAUUUUUUCAAAAAAGGAAAUGACGACGGAAUUUCAUAUCGUUUGUGAUUGUCUAGUCUUUUUUAAAUUUAAAAAACAUAAUUUUAAACCGUUUUUCUCAUUUUUACACUUUUACUCUUUUUUAAUAGCAUUUUGAGAACUUACUAUUAUUGUCUUUAACUAUAAGCUGGAUUUUGUU